AACUACUGCAGGAACACCCAGCGACGAUGUCGAGACAAACAACGCCAUUGUGCUGGGCUACUUGGUGUGUUGGUUCUUGGGUGAGUUGUUGCAGCGUGAACCAGAGAAGCGCAUGGUGGCCCAUUUCCACGAGUGGCAGGCGGGUGUGGGUCUGGUACUACUGCGAACGCGUCAACUCAGAAUAGGAACCGUCUUCACCACCCACGCCACACUGCUGGGCCGGUACCUGUGUGCGGGUGCGGAGGACUUCUACAACAAACUGGAGCAUUUCGAUUGCGAAUACGAAGCAGGUGAGAGACAGAUCUACCACAGAUACUGUUUGGAACGGUCGGCCGCCCAUUCAGCACACGUGUUCACCACAGUCUCACACGUCACGGCAUUGGAAGCUGAGCACUUGUUGAAGCGAAAGCCAGACGUAAUCCUACCCAAUGGACUCAAUGUGGUCAAGUUCGCCGCACUGCACGAGUUCCAGAACCUGCACCAGAAGGCAAAGGAAAAGAUCCACAAAUUCAUCCGCGGACACUUCUACGGACAGCUAGACUUUGAUCUCAACAAGACCCUGUACUUCUUCCUGGCUGGAAGGUACGAGUUCACGAACAAAGGAUGCGAUCUGUACAUCGAGGGUUUGGCACGCCUCAACCACCGGCUCAAAGCGAGUGGGUCUGAUAAGACAGUGGUUGCCUUCAUAGUCAUGCCGGCACCUACGAACAACUACGGCGUCGAGGCUCUUAAAGGACAGGCUGUGCUGAAGAGUCUGGAGGAUACCAUCGAUGUGGUCGAGAAGGAUAUCCGCGGAAGGCUGUUCGAGUCUGCCGUAAGGUAG